CAUGUAUGCUCACAUCUUCACUAGUAAACACAACUAUCAUACAUAUUUCAGCACAGAAACAUAUGUAUCAUUCCUAUAUAUCUAACUGUUGUGAAUUUUCGCAAGGGGCAACUUUUAAUCGAGGAUUCAACCGAGCACUUGGAAGCUUGCUAGCGGGAAUCUUAGCCAUUGCAGUUGCUCAGUUAGCUCUACGUAGUGGUCCGGUUGCUGAGCCUAUAAUAAUCGGAAUUAGCAUCUUCUUCAUCGGUAUAUCUUCUAUAUAUGCAUUCGAAAUUAUAUGAAAUAGUUUUUAUUUUCAUCAAUGUACUCUUAAAAUGAAGAAAAAAGAGGAAAAAAAAACUAAAAGUGGAAAUCCAUAUUCUAAUUAUAGGCAUAUUUGUUGAACAUUAUGCAUAGGGGCUAUUACAUCAUUCAUGAAACUAUGGCCAUCAUUUGUUCCUUAUGAAUAUGGUUUCCGGGUCAUACUCUUCACCUAUUGCCUGAUAAUAAUCUCUGGAUAUCGAAUGGGGAAUCCAAUUAGAACUGCCAUGGAUAGGCUAUACUCUAUUGCCAUUGGAGGUUUUGUUGCAGUCUUCGUGAACGUUCUUGUUUUUCCAAUAUGGGCUGGGGAACAAUUGCACAAAGAGCUAGUCAACAGCUUUAACUCACUGGCUGACGCACUUGAAGAAUGUGUGACGAAAUAUUUCGAAGAUGACGGGUUAGAUCAUCCGGAAUUCUCAAAGACAGUCAUGGAUGAGUUCCCAGAAGAACCUGCCUACAGAAAAUGCCGAACCACUUUGAACUCUUCUGUCAAAUUGGAGUCCUUGGCUAAUGCAGCAAAAUGGGAGCCCCCACAUGGCAGGUUCCGACACUUCUUCUAUCCAUGGUCAGAGUAUGUUAAAGUUGGAGCAGUUCUUCGAUACUGUGCUUAUGAGGUUAUGGCACUCCAUGGAGUUCUUCGCUCUCAGAUUCAGGCACCUUACAACCUCCGAAUCACAUUCCAAUCAGAGAUCCAAGAUGCAACAAACCAGGCAGCAGAGCUAGUGAGGAGCUUGGGCAAAGACAUUUGCAACAUGAAACGAGGCCUCAAAACCUCCCUGCUAAAGAGGGUUCACAGCUCAACCGAGCGACUCCAACAUGCCAUAGACAUGCAUUCAUACCUCCUCACCGCCCAUUGUGACCCUCCUGAUAACUCUUCCAAACCACUUCCAGACCUUUCUCACGCUCUAUCAUCAAUCGUUUAUGACCUCCCAGACCAGUUGCAUGAUAUUGACAGCACAAGCCUUGGAAAGAGCUCAAAUCAACUAACACAAAACAUGCAGUCAGGGACUCUCCCGCCCGCACAAACUGAGUCAUACCAUGAGAUGAUGAGGAAACAAUCUCGAAGGAUGCAUUCUUGGCCAUCCAGAGAGGUGGAUGCCUUCGAAGAAGAAGGAGGUUUUAGCACAGACUUUUUGCCUAAGAUGAGAGCUCUCGAGACCACUGCAGCAUUAUCACUUGCCACCUUUAGCUCGUUGCUCAUUGAAUUUGUAGUUAGGCUUGAUCACCUGGUAGAAGCAGUUGAUGAACUUUCAAAGAUGGCAAAGUUCAAGCACGAGGGUCUAUAG